CGGUCCUUCGUCAUCACGGACCCGACGCUGCCCGACAACCCCAUCGUCUUCGCGAGCGGCGGCUUCCUCUCGCUCACGGGCUACAAGCUCGAGCAGGUCCUCGGCCGCAACUGCCGCUUCCUCCAGGGCCCGCGGACCGACGCGCGCGCCGUGGGCAAGAUCCGCGAGGCCAUCAAACACGGCACGGACGUCCAGAUCUGCCUCCUCAACUACAAGAUCGACUCGACGACGUUCUGGAACCACUUCUUCAUCGCCGCGCUCCGCGACGACGCGGGCGACGUCGUCAACUUCCUCGGCGUCCAGAUCGAGGUC